CCAUCACAUGCAAAUAGAAUAACUUAUAAAGGAAAAGUAAGAGUAAGAAUAAAAGAAUUCGCACAAAGUUGAAUGGACUUUUUGGAGUUUGAACUAUGACAACACCAGCUAGGCCAAUUUAGUCGAUCGCAGAGACGAGCUUUCCCAUGGAUGGUGAGAUCAAGAACUUCAUUCAGGUGGAAUCUCGUGGUUACAAGUAUUUUACGCUCCACUGUGUACACUCCUAUACGACGGGUUUCUAAUCACCUGAUUGGGCGCACAUUGGCUCCUCUUCCAGCUGUUAUUGCGGCAUUUGUGGUGUUGGGUUUGAUGCACGAGAUACUAUUCUAUUAUCUAACACGUGCACCUCCCACGUGGGAGGUGACCUCAUUUUUUAUCCUACACGGUAUGUGUGUGAUCAUGGAGGUGGCAGUAAAGAGGGUAUUGACAGACAAGUGGCAGUUACACCCUGUGGUUACAGGGCCUCUGGUGGUGUUUGUGGCCGUGACUAGCGUUUGGCUGUUUUGGCCGCAACUAUUGAGGAACGGUGUGGAUGGCAGAGCCAUAAGGGAGUUCUUCUGUACAAUAGACUUCGUUAAGAACAAAUUCUAUCGAUGAUGCGGCAUUAAUUAAAAUUAAAACUAGGACAGGAACCAUUUCUUUUUCAUUAUUAUUUUCUCUAUUUUUAUUUUUAUUUUUUUAAGGAAAUGGGAAUGACUCCAUUGAUAUUUAAUUCAUAUUGAAUGCUCCAAAUUUGCAUGUGA